AUGGCGACCUCGUUUGUUCUUCGCCAGGCUGCUGCGCACGCCGAGCGCACUCCUUCCAUUAGAUUUAUCGGCAAGCGCACAACUCCCGCCUCCGUCGACCACACCCCCCAGCCCCACCCGGCGUCGCCCACACACUCCCUCCCGGCAUCCUUCACCAGCGGUUCCUCCCACUCCUCGUUCAGCGCCUACCGCGACCACGCACAGCAGUUUGGGCCUCUCCGCAAGACCAUCAAGGCCGACGCCGGCAUCGGCGGCUCUCCGGCCUCCAGGCUCGGCCCCGUCAUCCCUCCCCAGGGCGUAGCCUUCGACCGCAAUGACCUGCCUCCGCGCUUCCACCGCCAGCCUCUGACCGCUGCCGAGAUCGAGGCCAUCGAGACGGGUGGCGCCACGCUCUGGGCAUGA